GCUUCAGGGAGGAAGCGCUUCCUCCAUCACUCGCCUUCUCAUCUCGGCACCUGCACUGACUGUGCUGGAGAAGAAAUCCACACAGCAGCCCUCCUUUGAUGAUGUCCACUGAGCAAAUGCAGCCACUCGAGCUCUCCGAAGACAGACUGGACAAGCUCAACCCUCGUUGUGGCCACUUGGAUGAUCUUUCAGACCAGUUUAUUAAGGACUGUGAGCUCAAAAAGAAGCCAAGAAAAGGCAAAAAUGCACAAGUCGCCCUGAAUGUUGAGUCAGACCAGAAAAAACCAAGAAGGAAAGAUACACCGGCCCUGCACAUCCCGCCUUUCAUACCAGGUGUGUUCUCAGAACAUUUAAUUGAAAGAUAUGAUGUCCAAGAGAGACAUCCAAAGGGCAAAAUGAGUCCAGCUCUUCAUAACACUGACCUGGAACAGAAAAAGCCAAGGAGAAAAGACACACCUGCCCUGCACGUGUCCCCCUUCGCAGCAGGUGUGACACUGCUCAGGGACGAGCAACCCAAAGUGAUCAUGGAAGAUGAUGAAAAGGAUGGUGACAAGAUAGCUAUUUAAAGAUAUUUCCCCCGAGACCACUUGUAAAAUAGGUUAGAUUGGUUCCCUAUGGUGACCUAGAAAAAAUAGAGUUGUUUCUGCUCUCAUUUUGUCAUAGUCUGCCUUUAAGACCCAGACACCUUUUCCCCAGGAGGCAUCCUCUAUCAGAUUGCCAGUCACCUCUUUGUCUCUCUCUUCUCCCUUGAAUCUGG